AUGCAUUUGUCCAAGGCCUUCCUUUUCCUUCUACCUUUAAUCGGAGCCUCCGAGGCCCUUUUGUGCUCAUGUGACCGUAGCACCCAUGCUUCUAUCUCUUGCUGCGAUGCGAAGUGGAACGGCUACGAAUGUGAGCCGACUAACCGAGAGGCCUAUACGACUUGCUGCUUGGAUAGAUUUUCCACCACUACUUUUUGCAGAGAUGGAAGCGUCUGA